AUGGCGAACAAAGCCUACCCCCCGCCACCUGGGCCACCCCCUAGCUACGACAAUUCAAACCCACCUCCUUAUCACAACUGGCAAGAGGCAGUGCCCGAUACAGCAGAAUUCCCCCCUCCGCCGGUAUCUGGCAACUAUCACUCCAAUACAGGCAAUGCAUCCACCACUGAUGCAGAACGCGCGCAUGAGUUUUGUAAUAGCACCCCGCUGUACCACCCUGCUUACCCGUCUGCUGUUGUAUACAACUCUGUCCAAAGAUAUGACAUCGGGCCGGUACCACCCGCUGAGUUCAGCGGUAGUAUCUCCAAGCACUACAAUCGCUGGACGGGGCACACAAGAGAUAGGAGCAGCGAUUGCAUCCUACUAACGAAUCUGCCCCUCUACUUCGCAUUGGCGGACUCGCCAUUUAUCACACAGAGACAGAAAACCAUCUACUUCGAAGUCAAACUACUUGGCCUACGGGGUGGCCCUACACCGAACGAUGAUAGCGGCCUGUCCAUCGGGUUCGUGGCACAGCCAUACCCCACUUGGCGAUCCCCGGGCUGGGAGAGAGGAAGCCUUGGUGUCUUUUCAGACGACGGGUGCCGUUUUGUAAACGAUUCCUGGGGCGGGAAGGACUUCACGGAUGCGUUCAGGGUUGGCGACACCGUGGGCCUUGGGAUGAGAUUUAAGCUCCCGGAGAGCAUAAAUACCCCCGGCGCCUCACCGUCCACCACAAAUAUCGACACCAGCGUCUUUUUCACUCGGAACGGGCAGCAUGUAGGUGGUUGGGAUCUGCAAGAAGAGGUAGACGAGGAGGCAGGUGGCGUUUGUGGGUUAGAGGGCCAACACGAUCUUUACCCUGCGACUGGCUUAUUUGGUGGUGUUGACUUUGAGAUAUCGUAUCAUCCUUCGAGCUGGUUGUUUCAUCCCCAGUGA